AUGGUGCUCUCUCAAAAUGCAGCUGUUUCAUCUACUGUCCAUGCUUUUAGGGCCGCUCAUGCUUCUACAAGAACAAUGGGACAACAAGAAAUGAAUGCAGCAGGACAAGGAAACGACGUACAUCUCCGCGUUCCUCAAGGCCUCGGAAAUAUAUUUCGUGCUGUUUCCAAAGUGAUUGCUCCUGCUCUUGUUGGAGGUGCAGCUCAAUACGGUUUGGAGCAACUAAGUAAAGAAAAAAAACAAUGA